AGUUGACGUUACGUAUUUACGUUUGGCAACACUGCUAAGUGCUGAGUUUUGUUAUUGAAGGUUAAGUUAUAUAGUUAUUUAUUUUGUAAAUUAUGGCAAAUUAAAGGAUAAACAAUACAUAUUCAAAAACAAGAAUGGUUAAAUAAUCAUCGACUAAUUUGUGGGGCCAACAGGAAUCUAACCUAAAAUGAUCUUGUUAAAACUCUCAAGGAAGAUGAUCUCAAGCAAUUUCUACCUGCUCCUGGGCAUCCUACUGGGAGUUUGUAUAUCGUGCUACCUCGACAGUACCUGCCGGCCCUACAGAGACCCAAAACUAAAGGAGGAAACGCUCGAUUUACAGCCAGUUACGCGCAAACGGAUCUCGCAAAAGAUCAUCCAUUCAAAUAAGCCUCCGACCUCCAGCAAAGAGCCCGAGAAACUCGUGCGCCCCCACUACAUUUCCACCGAGUUAAGUAUACGAGACAAGCUCUUCGUCGGUGUCCUAACAUCUGAGGACAAGAUCAACACCCAGGCGGUCUACAUUAACAAGACCGUCACCCAUUUGGUCGACAAGGUGAAGUUCUUCAUAACCGUUCACAACAAAAUGAGGCACACGUUUAACCUGACCGGAAUCGUCGGUUUCACCGACAGCCGUAGCAGGUAUCGUCCGUUUCAGAUGAUCAAGUACGUCGGCGAUACGUUCAUGCAAGGGUACGACUAUUACUUUUUCAUGAACGAUUUCAAUUACCUAAACGUACGCGAGUUGAAGCAGCUCGUCGGGAAGGUGAGCGCCAGUAACGACGUAUACUUGGGGACGCCCGUCGACGAUGGCAGCUAUUGCAAUUUGGAUGCCGGAAUUUUGAUAAGUAAUUCGGUGUUGCGGGCGCUACGCGCAAAUUUGGACUGGUGCAUAAACAACGCGGUCUCGGACGACAGUAGCGAAAAUUUAGGUAGGUGCGUUUACUACAGCACAAAGUUGGAGUGCCAGGCUUCGGUGAAGGGCCGUUUUCUGUCGUCCUACAAGCUGAAACACUUCCAGCUGGAGAAACACCUGCAACCGCUCUCUAAACGCAAGGAGUUCAAUCGCGCCGUUGUGGUUUACCCUAUAUUGCAGGCGAAAGAUUUUCACAUACUUAACGCGUACUUCUCGAGGAGACGUUUGGAAGAGUUGCAAUCGGAGAUAGCUGAUUUAUCGAAGGGGUUGAAUGGGACGUGGCCGCCGGGGCAGCGAGUCGCGGCGAAGCCUGCGACGAGAUUUGACGUUCUUCCCCAGUUGUACUUCAACAGCACGCAUUUAUUUUUUCCGGACGAUUUUACCAACAUUCGACCCCAUACGACUGCGGACUAUUUAGAUGUUCAGAAAGUAAUUAAAGCAAUCACAGACAAAGUCCUCUAUGACAAUUCCGAGACCUUUCAAUAUCGUAGGCUGGUGAACGGUUAUCGUCGGUUCGACUUGAGUCGCGGAAUGGACUAUACAAUCGAUUUGGGCUUCCGAAACCUGCAGACUGGCAAGGAGGUCAUCAAACGCUUCGAGGUCUGUAAACCGCUGGGUAAGGUCGAGUUUGUACCGGCGCCUUACGUUACCGAAAAUGUCCGCGCGACAAUAUUGCUACCGGUGGAGGAGACGGACGGCGAUCUGGCGCAGGAAUUCUUAAACAACUACGAGAAGGUUAUAAUGAGGCGGAGGGAUAAGGUGAUGUUGAUGUUGGUGCUUAUGUAUCAAAGUAGUUCGCCCAGCAAGGGCAAUAGCGAUAUUUUCGCAACGUUAAAGCAGAGGGCGACGAAAUUGUCCAAUAAAUAUCACAGUGACGAGAUGAGAAUUGUAUGGGUUUCCAUUCGCUUGCCGGCCGUCAACGGAACUAUGACUUUGGGCAAUUGUAAAGUGCUCAAUUUUGCAAUGGUCGAUUUGGCCAUGAGAAAAAUCGGAACGGAUGCCCUCGUGCUCGUGUUGGACGUCCACGCCGAUUUCACGCCGGAAUUUUUAAAUCGCGUGCGGAUGAACACGAUUUCCAAUUUCCAAGUGUUCAGUCCGAUACCCUUCAGACAGUACAACCCGAACGUGACCCACGCUGAUGCGCUUGACGUUAAAAAAACCGUCGGCCAUUUUGAUCGCGACGAAUACAAGUACAUCGCAUUCUACGGAAAAGACUACGUUACCGCGCGGAAGAAGGCUCAGGACGAAAUUCCGAUCGUACGGACGGACAACGAUAUCGCAAAGAUCGUCGGUAAUACGCAUUCGGGUAAUAUCUACGAGCUCUUCCUAAAAUAUUUGGAAAACAUUCAUUGUAUGCGCGCCACCGAAAAGGACUUAAGGGUAAAGUACCACGAGGACAUGUCGAAUGGUGACCGUUCGAAUUUGUUUGUCGGCACCAAGCUGCAGCUGGCGAAGAUCAUUCUCGAUUUUCAAAAUGUGAUAGAUGUCAUAUAUAAGUAAUAAAAAUGUCAUACGUGUAA